GAUGAAACUAGGGUUCACAAACCCUAAGCUGUGCAACCAACACCUGCUGCAGUGUUGAUCAACAUCAGCUAGCGGGCCCAGGGCGCAUAUGGAAAACACCUUGUAGAGCAAAAUUCUAAAAGAUCUUUGCACUUCGUAGCGCCAGCUAGGUGGUCCUUCUGGUCAAGCAACAUUCGUAAGAAAAUGGGACCCUUCAUCGUAGUUGCUUUCUUGCUGCUUCUGUCGCUUGACUCUGUUCUUACGAAAACUGUGGUUUCCGACAUCCCGCUCCAGGCGUCUGAAAAUGUGAUUGGAUACGCUCUAACAGCGGCGUGCGUAUCCAAGGAUGCGCGGGAGCUGCGUGCGCGCAUCGAGCUGCAGCAAGAUGGUCUGCAAGAGUAUGGGCCCAGCUUCACGGACUUGGUGCUGCACGUGAAGUGGGACUCUGGCGAGCGCCUGCAUGUCCACCUCACCACCCCUGACACCAGAUGGGAAGUUCCACAGGACCUGCUACCCCGGCCGCCUCUUCCACUGGGGGCAUGUGAUUUACAACCCGCAGAAUCUUUUCGAACGUUCAGGCUGGAGAACUCCUCGCCGCUUGCUUUCAGCUUCACAAGGGCUCCUUUUGGCUUUGCCGUCUCGCGUCGUUCCAGCGGCGAGGUCCUGUUCAACAGCACCCCCCCCAUCGGCCCCGGUUCCUUCUUCCCCCUCGUCUUCAAAGACCAGUACCUGGAAAUCUCCACUUCGCUUCCCCCCUCCGCUUCUCUCUACGGCCUUGGAGAAAGCACGCGCCCCUCCGGACUGCGACUGCUCCCCAACGAGACAUACACCCUGUGGGCCUCUGACAUCUCCGCCUCUAGUCGCAACAUUCCGCUGUACGGAGUCCAUCCCUUUUACACGGACCUCCGGGAAAAUGGUGCCGCGCACGGAGUUCUUUUUCUCAACAGCAACGGCAUGGAUGCUAGUUUGACAGCGGUCGCACUCAGCCUGCGCGCAAUCGGGGGGGUGUUUGACCUGUACUUCUUUGCUGGCCCUGACCCCCUGGCGGUGGUGCGUCAGUACACGGAUCUGGUGGGCAAGCCGGCGCCAGUGCCGUACUGGGCCCUGGGGUUCCACCAAUGUCGGUGGGGCUACAAGACCAUAGAGGAGCUGCGCCAGGUGGCGGCCAACUAUUCGGCGGCGGAGAUCCCCCUGGACGCCCUGUGGUCCGACAUUGACUACAUGGACCGUUAUGAGGACUUUACCACCGACCCCGUCAACUAUCCUGCGGAGGAGAUGCGCGACUUUGUGGCGGGGCUGCACGAAGCAGACCAGCACUACGUCGUCAUCAUCGACCCAGGCAUCAAGGUGGAGGCGGGUUACCCCGCGUACGAGGACGGCCUGCUCGCUGACGUGUUUGUGCGCUACCCCAAUGGGACGCCCGCGCUGGGCCAGGUGUGGCCGGGGCCCGUGCACUACCCCGACUUUGUGAUGCACCCGGGGACCGUCGACUACUGGGAGAAGCAGCUGGCGGCUUUCCACCAGGUGGUUCCGUACGACGGCCUGUGGAUCGACAUGAACGAGGCCUCCAACUUCUGCUCCGCCGUGCACUGCGCCCUGCCCGACCGGCCGCACCCAGGCUCCAUCACCGACUGCUUCCUCGACUGCUCCGACGAGAACGCGACGACGCUGGACGUGCCGCCCUACAGGCUGAACAUUCUGGGCGACCACCACAGUCUGGGCACCAAGACCAUCCCCAUGAGCGCGCUCCACCACGGCGGCGUCCCUGCAUACAACGUGCACAACCUGUACGGCUUCGCGGAAGGCCGCGCCACGCACCUCGCCCUCCGCAACAUUUCCGGCAAGCGGCCGUUCGUUCUGUCCCGGUCGACGUUCUCGGGGGCGGGCGCGUGGGCCGCGCACUGGUCGGGCGACAACACCGCCACGUGGGACGACCUCAGGUACUCGCUGGUGAGCAUAUUGAAUAUGGGCCUGUUUGGCGUGCCGCACGUGGGCGCCGACAUCUGCGGCUUCGUGGGCACUACCAGCGAGGAGCUGUGCCUGCGCUGGAUCCAGGCCGGCAGCAUGUACCCCUUCUCGCGGGACCACUCCGACAUCAAAGCGGAACCGCAGGAGCUGUACCGCUGGCCGUCCGUCACCGUGGCUGCGCGCGCCUCCCUCGCGCUGCGCUACCGCCUCCUCCCCUUCCUCUACACCCUCACUUUCCGCGCGCACCGCACUGGCGAACCCAUCGCGCGCCCGCUCUUCAUGGAAGUCCCGGGGGAUCCCCGCGCCCGCGCCAUCGACGCGCAAUUCCUGCUCGGGCCGGGGCUGCUCGUGAGCCCGGUGCUAUCCGCCGGGGCAUCGACGGUUGAUGCGUACUUUCCGCAAGGCACGUGGUACAGCUUGGUAGACGAUUCCCGGGUGGUGUCACCGAAAGGGACGCGAGAGGUGCUGCCCGCGCCCCGCGACACGCCGCCGCCGGUUCACGUUCGGGGGGGGACCAUCGUGCCCAUGCAGCAGGGGGGUAUGACGGUGGCGGCCGCACGGAAGACCCCGUUCACAAUUUUGGUCGCCCUUCCGGAUGCCUCCACGCUAGGCGAGCAUGAAUAUUUACGAUCGUCCGGGCCUUGCUUGCCCGGGGAGACGCUCGGUUUUGCGAAUACUUUGCUGCAGCUCGAGCCGGAAAACGAGAUUCCGGCCGGGUCUGCGUUCGUUUGCGCUGCGGGAGACCUGUUCUUGGACGGUGGCGAGGACCUGGAGAUGAAGGUCGCUGCGCUGACGUCGACUUACGUCACGUUCCGGGCAGCGGCUGUCGCCGGCGCAGAGACUGGCGUCCUCUCAUCAUUGGUCGAGUACGGCCAGUUUGCGGAACGGGAGGGGUAUAUAGUUGACGAGGUUGUCAUUCUAGGUGUUGAAAGCCGGCCGAAGGUCCUCUUUGUCAACGGGCAACCAGCAGGUAAAGACGUGGUGAUCAAAUACGAUGGUGAAGGGAAGAAGCUUGAGAUGUCACACCUAGGACUGCCGCUGUCAGAGCCUUUCCACCUCCGAUGGGCAGCGUCUACGGUCGACCUUCCUGAGGACUCAGGUAGGUCCCAGCAGUAGAGGUUGAUUUUCUCGAUUAUGAUCCGCUCUGUUGUUAGGAGAGUGUGAUGAAAGUCAGUGCAUAGUGCGAUAGCAGAGGGAAACCCAGGCGACUGUCAAUGAAUCAGCAGCAAGGGUAUACUAUAUGCAAGCUGAGCACCGCAGCGGCCCGGCCGGCAUCGUUUCAUAUCCUUCGACACUGAUACAAGUGAAUGAGAAGCUUUGCUUUUUACAGAUAGGACUCAAUAAAAGCUCCAUUAGACUUUACGUAGUGUAUACUUGCAAGCACAGGUGAGGUGGUUGAUUGCGGGCCCUUACAUUAUCGCAGCACGUUGGCGCACGUACGGUACGCCUGGCAGAUUGCCAGUUACAAUUGCACCCCGGGCCCGCCACUGUCGACGGUCCAGGCCAUGGCAUGCACUCGGAAAUCAAUUUUUCUAUCGGAU